CGCAGGUCCUGCAAGAACACAGCUCCUGUACAGCACUGCAUGUGGAGUUUGUAAUUUUUUAGCAUGCCAUCUUGCAUCAUAAGGAGUUGCGCUAGUAAGCGGCGUAAGGGUGACAAAUCCAUUAGUAUGCACAGUUUCCCAUGGGAUAUUGCUCGCAUCAGACAUUGGCUUGUCAACAGUGGUCAAUUUAACGACAACUUAGAAGAGAUGGUACAGAAAGUAUAUAAUGGAAAAUUAACCGACAACUUUAGAAUGUGUUCUCUACAUUUCGAAACUCAUUCUUACACAUAUGAGGAGGAUAGGCGGAGACUGAGGCCUAAUGCAGAACCUACUAUAUUUCCACUAAGAUCUUCUACAUCGUCCACAUCAAGUGGUUUGGUGCCAUCUACAACUGCAACUGUUACCUUCUCCACUGUGCAAGCAACUGGACAUUUGUUGACAUGUUCUACUCCAACAACAACCGUUGUAACUUAUACAUGUGCUUCGUCAAUGUCUACUAAUGUUACCCUUAUCUCCACUGCUGCAUCCACAUGCUCAACCACGGUUGAAUCAAUGCACUGCACGGCUCUUCUGUCAACAUCUGCAAGCAGCUCUGCACCUCUAGAACAUGUUCAGAGGUCAUCUUCCUCAUUAGGAUCGCAACUAGAAAUUACUACAGACCCCUCAGAACCAACUGUGGAGUCUGGAUCAACAGGACCGUCUUCCCUUGAUAUUCAACCGGAAAUUCAUGAUGCAUCCUUGAAAAGAGUUGCAGAUGACAGACAAUUCCAGACACCCAACAAAAGGAAAAAGAAAUGCAGUAUUACAACUAGAGAUUUUGCAACAAAUACAGCGCCCUUAAUGUAUCGCAGUCCUAAAUCAAGAAAGUCAAUCGCUAGAAAAAAGAAAACACCAACAAGUACAUCACGCAAAAUUAUCACAAAACAGGAACUUUCACAGGCAAUACAUGUUGUUUUAAUCCGGGAUCAAAGUCAAGAAAGACCAACAGAUGUUGGGACUGUUCAGAUUUCAGAAACUCAACAAGUGGAUAUUCCUCAAGAAUCUGAGACAGUGUCUAACAUACAGUCUGUUGAUAUAGCUAGUGUCCAACCUGAAACUCCUGAUUUGGAAGAAAUAACAACUGCUACACACAUUUCUUCAUUUCAACCCAUGAUGUCAACACCAUCAAAAACAUUCUCUGUGCCUACAACAAAAUCCAAUAAAUUCCUAAAAGAACAUAACUAUUUUAAGGAAUUUAUUGAAGAAGAUUAUUUCUUCCCAUUGGAUUUUGAUAUUCAACCACCACCUACUCAACCCUCUACAAGUGUGAUUCCAGAGUUGGCUAAAAACUUGGCAGAAAUUUCACCAAUUAAGCCAAGAGAUGAAGAAGACAAUCCUGUGGAAAUAGAAGAUGCCGAAACCACUAUAUCAACUUUCAUUAAUAUUGAGGACACGUCAUUUCAUGCUACUGAUUGUGAGGAAGAGCCAGAGGAUUCCUCAAUUUCUAGUAGUGAUGAUGAUGAGGAGAACCUCUCAUCAGAUAAAUUUGAAGACCUAUUCGACAUAAACGAGGACAUUGUGAGAGAUAUAAAAUUUAUCAUAUUCGAAUCAUGCUUCAAAAAACUCAUAAGCAUGAUCCCUUGUUCAGUAAAAACAAAAUGUAAGGGUCGUUUAACACACUACAAGAAAUACUUUCAAGGUAGCAUGUUCUCACUAAUAGUGAAGUGUUCUCAAGGACAUGUACGUCAGAUAUGGAAGUCCCAACCUACUGUCAAUAACACACCUUCAGGAAAUCUCUUGUUGUCCGCAGCCACAGUACUCAGUGGAAACAGUUUUAUGAAAAUUGACAGUUUAUGUAAAAUUUUUAAUUUGAAAAGUAUUUCAAAAUCUAACUUUCUUACAUAUCAAAAUCAAUACAUUUAUCCAGGGAUUAAUCUAUCAUGGAAAAUGGAACAAGAAAAACUUCUCGCAGACAUUGGGAGGGCUCCUCUUUACCUUACAGGAGAUGGACAAAAUGACUGUCCUGGAUUUUCUGCGAAAUAUUGUACCUAUACACUCAUGGACGCUGAUUCAAAGAAGAUUUGCGCUUUUCAUGUGCAACAGUUAGAACCUAACACAACUUCCGUAGGACUAGAAAAAAUAGCUUUCAGGAAAACAUUACAGCAGUUGCUUGAUAAAGAUCUUGAGAUAUCUACAAUAGCUACUGAUCGACACGUAUCCAUCAGGAAGAUUUUACGUGAGGAAUUUCCAUACAUUGACCACGAAUUCGAUGUGUGGCAUUUUGCCAAAUCUGUCGGAAAUAAAUUAGCAGCAGGGGCCAAAAAUAAAAAUACACAAGUGCUACACUCGUGGAUCCAGCCAGUGAAGAACCAUCUAUGGUGGUGCUCACGUACAUGUGACAGAGACCCUGAACUCCUGGUUGAGAAAUGGGAAUCAGUUGUCCAACAUGUUGCUAAUGAACAUUCAUGGGAGGAAAACUCCAAAUACUCUCAAUGUCAUCAUCCACCACUCACCAAGCAGCAGUUAGAAAAUAACAAAUGGCUAACUCCUGGUUUACCGUCACAUAACCAUUUGGCUAAAGUUUGUCUCAAUCCUGUGAUUUUAAAGGACAUUAGACAACUUUCAAAUUUUUGCCAUACAGGAGAGUUAGAGAUAUACCAUAGUUUAGGUCUGAAAUAUCGCCCAAAAAGAAUACACUAUUUUAUUGACUCAAUGAUCGCAAGAACUGAACUAGCUGCCUUGGACCACAACAGGAAUGUUGGUCGUAUUCAAGCUACUGUCAGGAAAGCUACAGCCAUAAGUGAACCUAAAGGCACUCUACACAAUUCUUUUGUGUAUUCCAAAGCACGUCGAGCAUGGAUGGUCAAGGCAAUCUAUGAAUCAACGUCUCAGGAAUUUAUGGUAGAAGUGUUGGACAAUGUGCUGAAAGUACUUAUGGACCCAACCAUUUCAGACUGGAAUUCACAAAGAGAAAGAUAUACAAGCAACUGUACCAAGACCAGACACCUCUAUGCUACUGGUCAGCCCACAGCUUUGUUCAGUUGUACUGUGCCUGGAAAAAGGCUGGCUGGGAUUUGUAGUGCACGAUGAGGCUUCUGCAGGAAUGGACGGGAGGUCCCUGAGAUGAACCCACAGAUGAAGGCCGUCUCCUAUUGCCUGGGAGCUGAUUGACACAUAAACCAGCAAAUCAUUCAAAACGCCAUGUGUUCUUUAUCCCUCAUGUUGUUCUCCUACAUAUUACUUGGGACACGCAAGCUGAAUCUGAAGUGUUCA